CGCCCUAUCAUACCCUAACUUACAAAACUUCAACCGAAAUUGCUGUGAUCGUAAUAUUCGGAGCAUUUUGUAUCGAGAAACACAUCUUAGAGUGAUUGGAGCUGUUUUUAUAUAUUCGUUUACAGUUUGUAUUUUUAUUUUAAGGUUUGUUUUCACUGUGUCGAGUCGUGUUUGAUUAGAGUAGCGAAGUGGAGAGUAGAAAUAAAACUCCGCAUACUGACAAUUUGUUUCUACUCUCCACAAUAUCCCAAAGAGACUCCGCACUACCCGAUGAUCAUGUACGGUUUGCAGCCUCUUUGUGAUGGGAUGUUCACGUUCGUAGCAAGUCAGAACUAGUUUACGAGACGCUUGAUGUGGUCAUUAGCUGCCCUGCUUUGAGCCUUGGAGAUCGCAGGAUCGCCCUCCAUUUGUCGCGGCAUCCUCUUUCCUAUCGUGCCUCGUAUUGGAGGAGCUUGCAGUGAUGAGUUCGGUUGUGGGCACGCUGAGUGGGAGUGCAACGGAGACGCCCCCGUUUCCAUGGGGCCACACUCCGGAGGAAGAGUAUUAUGCCUCGAAAAAUAUCACACAUCAAUCUGAAUUUACCAAGUUUCCUCGCGGAGUUUCGCUCUUCACUCAAUCAUGGGUGCCUUCAAAUCGGCCGCCGAAGGCACUCAUCCUCAUGGUGCAUGGCUAUGGCAACGACUCUAGCUGGGUAUUCCAAAACACUGCAAUCUUGUUCACUGAAAUGGGUUACGCUGCAUUUGCGCUGGACUUGUAUGGACAUGGGCGCUCCGAGGGUCUUCUGGGAUACAUCCCAGGCGUGGACAAUUUGGUCGAAGACUGUGCGUUUUACUUCAAUAGCGUGAAGAACAGGGCUGCGUACCAGAAUCUCCCUCGCUUUUUGUAUGGAGAAUCUCUUGGGGGCGCCUUAUGUUUGCUGCUUCAUUUUGAGAAUCCGACAGGAUAUGAUGGCGCAAUUCUCAUGGCACCUAUGUGUAAAAUUUCUGAAAAGAUGGUACCGCCAUGGCCUGUCGAGUACGCGUUGAGAUUCAUUGCAAGGUGGGCUCCCACGCUGCCCGUUGUGCCCACUACAGAUCUUGUGGAUAAGUCCGUCAAAGACCCAGCCAAGAGAAUCCUCGCCAAGAACAAUCCUCACAGGUAUGCAGGAAAGCCAAGACUUGGAACAGUGAUUGAGUUGUUGAGAGUUACAGCGAGCUUAGAGGAGAAACUCAAGGACGUCAGCCUUCCCUUUAUUGUUCUACAUGGUAAUGCAGAUGUUGUAACAGAGCCUGCCGUGAGCACUUUCUUGUAUGAGACUGCAAAAUCCGAGGAUAAGACGUUACGAAUCUACGAGGGUAUGCUGCAUUCUCUCAUUCAAGGAGAACCUGACGAAAACGUUGCAAUUAUCCUCAAUGAUAUUAGCUCAUGGCUGGACGAACGUGUGCAAUGCAAGUCCCCGCCAGAAGAAGAUUCCGCUUCAUGAUUUGCAGAUUGAGAGCCCAUAACUGUGUUGUUUCAUUCGAGUAAUGGAUCAUUCUACAGGUGGUUCCCAUCUCGCAGCAACCUUCUAGUAUUCUCGUAUUACUACUUCAGAUUUCUCGCCAGCCCAUAGUCGGUUGUUUUGAUAAGCGACAAGGAGAAUGCUAUACUGCAAAACAACGUUCCAUUAUAAAUUAAGCUUAAUUGAGCUUGAUAGAUCAGGUAUUUAUAGUCAAGUCAAUAUUCAAAUUUUGAUUAGGACAGAUUGGCUUAAUUAUUGAUUGCAAGUGCUGAAGAGAUUUGUGUGUUCCAAUUUCAAAUUCGUCUUACCAGUGAUAUGUUGAUUGAGGCCCUGGGGACAAUCAACGAGCCUUGAUACGCACCCAAGGCCAGUGAGUUCACUUCCAAUUUGAAAACUGGAAUCCUGUAUUAGUCUAUUUAACAUUGUCACAGGGUGUGGGGAUGUAUCAUCAGAUAGUCUGCAAUUUUAACGCAGAGCCUAAGUUUAGAGAUCAGGUUGUUAGAAUAGUAUUUCGCAGUACACUUGCAUAAACCUAAUGAUCGUUAAUCAUAACCCUCAUUGGGUUGCUUCCAGAUUUACUCCGGUUGUGUUGGAACAUUCCAUGAGUCUUCUUUCUCACCUGUUCUAGGUGGUGUAUAUAAUAUCAUUUGCAAAGUUUUCCAACAA